AUGACAAAAAGGGAGAGGGCUGUAAAAGAUGAAAAAGUAAUACCACCUGGCAAACCAACUGAAGAGAAAUAUAAAAAGGAUACUAAACUGGUGAUUAAGUUACCCUACCCUCAGAGAGUGAAAAAGAAGGAUCCAAGCGAGUCAGACUUUGAGAAACUCGUGACAAUGUUCAAAAAGAUAAAGGGUCAAAUGUCUUUUUUUGAAGCAUUCGAGAGAAUGCCCAUGUAUAAAAAAUUCAUGGAAGAGGUAAUGGCCAAAAAGAAACCAACAACAGAAGAACAGGUACCCUUGAAAGAAAAGUGUUGUGCAAGUUCACUGGAGCAGAAAAUUCCAAACAAACAGAAGGAUCCUGGAACGGUACUAAUUGAUUCUGGAGCUAGUGUGAUUCUGAUGCCAUUAUCAAUCUAUCACAAGUUGGGUCUUAAAAGUGUCAGUGAUACAAAGAUAAAUAUGAAGUUUGCGGAUCACUCGAGAAAUGAGGCAUAUGGUGUAGCAGAAGACGUACUGGUGAAAAUAGAGGACUUGAGUUUCCCUGUUGAUUUUGUGAUCCUAGACAUACCUGAAGAUGAAGAAACGCCUAUCAUUCUUGGUCGACAUUUCAUGCAGACAAGUCGAUACAAUCUCGACAUGGACCAAGGGACGAUAACCUUAAAAGUUUAUGAUAAGGUAAUAACAUUGAAUACAGUUAAAAACAGGGAGCUGGAGGUGGAAAAAGAACAUCAUUAUCAAGUAAACUUGGUCAGGAAAGAGGUGAGAAGGCAAAGUAACAGACCAACAUCAGAGAAAGAUCCAAGAAGGCCUUCUCAAGUCUCACCACUUCCUAUAGCAACCUCAAAUGGAAAGACUCCUAUUUUCAUUCCAAAAGCCAAGAGAAAGAAAAGAAAACAAAAACAAGGUUUACACAGUGCCUUGCAUAAAAGGGCGAAGUUGAUUAUUUCCCAAUUUUUACCAUUUCGCAUUUGGUUUAUUUUUACUGUCGGGUAUCAUGUGCUGCAUGUAUUUCAGGUUCUUGGUGUACUGUUGGAUUACGUGAUGACCAUUAGUAGUAGUGGAUGA